UCUAUUGUAUACUUUUUAUUGUUGUUUAUCGAAUAACAAAGAAGAUAUAUCUUUAGUAAAAACUAUCGUAUAUCGAACUUCUCAACUAUUAUUAUAAUUAGUUGUACGGAUUCGUCUGAGGUUAAACAAUAAGAUCGAAUGAGACAGUUAUUACUUAAGUUCAUUUACUAACGAAAGAAAUCCUUCAAUGAAUUAAACACUAAAGAUAUACCAACUAUAGUUUUGAUAAUGGACAUAAGAAGAGAAGAAAAAAAAAAUUCUCGGUUAGAAUUAAAGAUCAUUAUUAAACGGAGAAUGUUAUAUUCUUACGGUAGGCUUGUAAUUCAAUAUCGUAAUUCCCUUUUUCCUGUUAAGUUACGUCCAAUUUUAGCAAUUCUUUUUUUUUUUUUAAAUGUAAAUUUAUCAUUCCUAGAAAAAAAUUGAUAUUUGAUAUCAAGAUUAUAGUAAAAAAUUCUCUAUAGAAGAUCUUUGCUUCAUUCUUAUUAUCUUCUAAUGAUACUAAAAUACUGAUAAAUAUAUGUUGACUUGCAUACUUUUGAGAUAAAACAUUCACUUUUAUUCUCAGAUAUAUUCUAACAAAUAUAAUAAUAUUAAUUUAUCAUUUUCUUAAAUAUGAGAAAGACUAAUUUUUUUUUGUUUUUUGUAUUUUGAAACUUUUCAUAGAGAAUAGAAAUAUUUAAUUAAUUCAAUUCUAUAUUUUAUUAGAAGCUGAAGAAUUAUCAAAAAAAUUUAUGGAACAAAAUAUUGAAUUACAGCAUGAAAUUGAAAUAUUUCGUUCUAAACUUGAUUAUAUUGUAACAUAUAUUAAUCAAAAAUUGGAUCAACAAAAAACAACAACAACAACAUUAUCAUCUUUUAUCUAUACAUCAAUUAGUAUUUGA